GCUUCGCCGCCAUUGUUUGAAUUUGAAAAGGAAAACAUCGCGGCGCUGCGCGCAGGUCAGGCCGGCCGGGCAACUUUGCAGGUGAAGGGGUCCGCCCAGUUGAGGGUGCGAGGAAGGAGGUGGGUGACUGUGCACAUACGCUGCCUGAGGCUGGGAGACGGCACUGACAUACUGCCUUUACUUACGAAAUCUCUUUGGAUGGAUCUACCUGUUUGGAUCAUGUGAAUAGCCAUGAGAAGAAUGGAAUCUAAUUUAAAUCAAGAUGGAGUGCUUAGACCAUCUUAUGUGUUUAGUGCUGACCCAAUUGCAAGACCUUCGGAAAUAAAUUUUGAUGGCAUUAAGCUUAAUCUCUCUCGUGAAUUUUCCUUAGUUGCUUCAAGCACUGAGGCAAAUAGUUUGGAAUCCAAAGAUUAUCUCCAGGUUUAUCUUCGGAUAAGACCAUUUACACAGUCAGAAAAAGAACACGAGUCUGAGGGCUGUGUGUAUAUGUUGGACUCACAGACUCUUUUGCUGAAAGAUCCUCAGAGCAUCCUUGGUCGGUUAAGUGAGAAAAGCUCUGGGCAGAUGGCACAGAAAUUUACUUUCUCCAAGGUUUUUGGCCCAGAAACUACACAGAAGGAAUUCUUCCAGGGUUGCAUUAUGCAGCCAGUGAAGGACCUCUUGAAAGGACAAAGUCGGCUGAUUUUUACUUAUGGGCUAACCAAUUCAGGAAAAACGUAUACGUUUCAAGGCACAGAAGAAAAUAUUGGUAUUCUGCCGCGAACUUUGAAUGUAUUAUUUGAUAGUCUUCAGGAAAGACUAUAUACAAAGAUGAACCUUAAACCACAUAGAUCUAGAGAAUAUUUACGGUUAUCACCAUACCAAGAGAAAGAAGAGGUUGCUAGCAAAAGUGCAUUGCUUCGGCAAAUUAAAGAGGUUGUGAUGCAGAAUGAUAGUUAUGAAAGUCUUUAUGGAAGUUUAACAAACUCUUUGAAUAUCCCAGAGUCUGAAGAAUCAAUGAAAGACUGUGAACAAGCUAGCUUGAAUAUGAAUAAUAAUAUAAAAUUUUCUGUGUGGGUUUCUUUCUUUGAGAUUUACAAUGAAUGUGUUUAUGACUUGUUUGUUCCCGUAUUAUCUAAGUUCCAAAAGAGAAAGAUACUACGCCUUUCGCAAGAUGUAAAGGGCUAUUCUUUUAUAAAAGAUCUACAGUGGAUUCAAGUGUCUGAUUCCAAAGAAGCAUAUAGACUUUUAAAACUAGGAAUAAAGCACCAGAGUGUUGCCUUCACAAAGCUAAACAAUGCUUCUAGUAGGAGUCACAGCAUAUUCACUAUUAGAAUAUUACAGAUUGAAGAUUCUGAAAUGCCUCGUGUAAUGCGCGUCAGUGAAUUGUGUUUAUGUGAUCUUGCUGGUUCAGAAAGAACCAUGAAGACACAGAAUGAAGGGGAAAGGCUAAGAGAGACUGGUAACAUCAACACUUCUUUAUUGACUCUGGGGAAGUGUAUCAAUGUUUUGAAAAACAGUGAAAAGUCAAAGUUUCAACAGCAUGUGCCAUUUCGGGAAAGUAAACUGACCCACUAUUUUCAAAGUUUUUUUAAUGGUAAAGGGAAAAUAUGCAUGAUUGUCAACAUCAGCCAAUGUUAUUUUGCCUAUGAUGAAACGCUCAAUGUGUUAAAAUUCUCAGCCAUUGCACAAAAAGUUUAUGUUCCAGACACUUUAAAUUCUUCUCAGGAAAAAUCAUUUGGACCUGCCAAGUCUUCUCAAGAUGCAUCGCUAGAUAUUAAUAAUUCAGUUAAUAAAAUGUUAAAUGUAAAAAGAUCCACAAUUUUAUGGGAAAGUGGUUUAGAAGACUUGGUGGAAGAUGAAGAUCUAACUGAGAAUCCAGAAAACGGUGAAGAAAACCAAAACGGUGAACUUACUGAUGAAGAUCUAGAUAAAACGUUAGAGGAAGAUAAGGCUUUCAUUAGCUACGAGGAGAAGAGAAAACUGUUGGAUUUAAUAGAAGACUUGAAGAAAAAACUGAUAAAUGAAAGAAAAGAAAAGUUAACAUUGGAAUUUAAAAUUCGUGAUGAAGUUACACAGGAGUUUACUCAAUAUUUAGCUCAACGGGAAGCUGACUUUAAGGAAACUCUUCUUCAGGAACGAGAGAUACUUGAGGAAAAUGCUGAAUGUCGUUUGGCUAUCUUCAAGGAUUUGGUUGGUAAAUGUGACACUCAAGAAGAACCAGUGAAUGAAGAUUGUGCCGUGAAAGUUGAAACCAAAGAAGCACAUAAUUAUAUAGGAAUUGAAGAUAUUAUUGAUUCUCUUCAAGAUGAUGUCACUGAUAUUAAGAAACAGGCUGAAAUUGCUCACUUAUAUAUUACAUCUCUUGCUGACCCCCAGGAAGCAAUUGCUUGUUUAGAAAUAAAGUUUAAUCAAGUUAAAGCUGAAUUAGCUAAAACCAAGGAAGAAUUAGUCAAAACCCAGGAAGAGUUAAAAAAGAGACAAAAUGAAUCAGAAAUUAAUUUAAAUUCAUUGAUUCAAGAGCUUGAGAAAUCUAAUAAGGAUGAGGCUGGUACAUCUUCUUUAGUAAAAAACAAUAAGUUGACUUCUAAUGAAACAGUUGAAGUGCCUAAGGAUGACAAAACCAAAACUGAUUUGGGAAGAAAAAGAAUAAAUAAAAAUGAACUUCAAUUAGAAGAGCCACCAGCAAAAAAAGGACCUCUACAUGUUAGUCCAGCUAUCACUGAAGAUGAAAAGAAAAGCGAAGAAAUGCCAAAGAACAUUUCAGAAGAUGAAGACAUUAGAAUUUUACAAGAAAAUAAUAAAGAGCUGAAAACAUGUUUACUUACUGCUAAAAAUGAACUUAAAAAUGAAAAGGAAGAAAAAGCAGAAUUAAAUAAAAAGAUUAUUAGCUUACAGCAGGAACUUUCUUUUUCUGAAAAAAAAAGUUUUACUUUAAGUAUAGAGGUCCAGCAAAUUCAGUCGAAUUAUGAUAAUGCAAUUUCUGAAUUACAUGUGCAGAGAGGUAUAAAUCAAGAACAGGAGGAAAAGAUUGUGAAAUUGUCAAAGGAGAUAGAAACUGCGAGGAGAAACAUCACAAACAAUGUUUCACAAAUACAAUUAAUGCAAGCAAAAAUAGAUGAACUACGAAGGCUUGAUUCAGUUUCUCAGAUCUCAAACAUAGAUUUACUCAAUUUCAGGGAUCUGUCAAGUGGUUCCCAAGAGGAUAAACACCUUUUAGAUAAUGAUAAUUUGGUAAGUAAGCAGGUUAAAGAAUAUGGUACUCAAGAACUCCGUAGGAAAAGUUCUUUUCACUCUAGUAUUGAAGCCAUUUGGGAGGAAUGUAAGGAAAUUGUAAAGGGCUCUUCCAAAAAAAGUCACCAGAUCCAGGAACUGGAACAACAAAUUGAAAAAUUACAGGCAGAAUUAAAAGGUUGUAUGGAUGAAAACAAUAGACUAAAAAUAGAGGAGAGGGAGAAUAAAAAUAAAGGUGACCUACUAAAGGAAAAAGAAAAUCUUAUACAGCAGUUGAAACAAGAAUUGCAAGAAAAAAACACUUCUCUUGAUGUUCAAGUACAACACGUAGUUGAAGGGAAGAGAGCACUUUCAGAACUUACACAAGAUAUUACUUGCUAUAAGGUGAAAAUAAAGGAACUUGAAGCAAUCUUAGAAACUCACAAAGAUGAAUGUAGUCAUUCAGCCAAGUUGGAACAAGAAAUUUUGGAAAAGGAAUCUAUCAUCUUAAAGCUAGAAAGAAAUCUGAAAGAUUUUCAAGCAAAUCUUCAGGAUUCUAUCAAAAACACCAAAGAUUUAAGUGAAAGGGAAGUCAAAUUGAAAGAAGAAAUCUCACAAUUAACAAGUAAUUUGCAAGAUGCAAAGCAUUCACUUAAGUUAAAAGAAGAAGAAAAGGAAACCAGCUGGCAUACAGCAGAGAAGUUGAAAGAGGAGCUAUCUGCAAGCUCUGCUCUUAUACAGAAUCUAAAAGCAGAUCUUCAGAGGAAGGAAGAAGAUUAUGCUGAGCUGAAAGAGAAACUCGCUGAUGCCAAAAAACAGAUUGAGCAAGUACAGAAAGAGGUAUCUGUAAUGCGUGAUGAGGAGAAAUUACUGAGGAUUAAAGUUCAUGAACUGGAGAAAAAGAAAAACCAGUGUUCUCAGGAAAUAGAUAUCAAACAGCGAACCAUUCAGCAACUCAAGGAGCAGUUAAGUAAUCAGAAUGUGGAAGAAGCUAUACAGCAGUAUGAGAGAGUGUGUAAAGAUCUGAAUGUUAAAGAGAAAAUAAUUGAAGACAUGCGAAUGACGCUGGAAGAACAGGAAGAAACCCAGGCAGAACAAGAUCGCGUGCUCGAGGCUAAACUAGAGGAAGCUGAAGGACUGGCCACAGAAUUGGAAAAAUGGAAGGAAAAAUGUAAAGAUCUGGAAGCCAAAAGUAAUCAAAGGUCAAAUAAAGAACUUGAAGAUAAUACAGAUGUACUUAGUGAAAAGCUCAGUAAGCUUCAGGAUGAGUUACAGGAAUCAGAACAUAAAUAUAAAGCUGAGAGAAAGAAAUGGCUAGAAGAAAAAAUGAUGCUUAUCAUUCAAGCAAAAGAAGCUGAGAAUCUCCGAAACAAAGAGAUGAAAAAAUAUGCUGAAGACAGAGAGCGUUGUUUAAAACAACAAAAUGAAGUGGAAAUACUUACAGCACAACUGGCAGAGAAAGAUGAUAAUCUUCAGAAGUGGCGAGAAGAACGGGAUCAACUGGUCGCAGCUUUAGAAGUACAGUUGAAGGAACUGAUCUCCAGUAAUAGACAGAAAGAUAAUGAAAUUGAAGAAUUAAAAAAGAUCACAUUGGAGCCUUCUGAAACCGAAGAACAAAAUGUGGAUAUCAAGCCUACACAUAUGAGUUCAGUGGAUCCUGGCAGAGUUGAAACUGAACCUCAGCCAACAAACUUUGAAAUUUCUGGGAAUGAAGUAGAGGAUGGCUCUGUAGUCCUGGACUCCUGUGAAGUGUCAACAGAAAAUAAUCAAACUACUCGAUUUCCAAAACCUGAGUUAGAGAUUCAAUUUACACCUUUACGGCCAAACAAAAUGGCAGUGAAACACCCUGGUUGCACCUUACCUGUGACAGUUAAGAUUUCCAAGGCCCGGAAGAGGAAGAGUAAUGAAAUGGAGGGGAGUAGUAUGUUUUCAAGCUGGUGGAAGAGUAGAAAUACUCCUGAGGCUCUCUGUCAGGACUUGGUGAAAUGUGAAAAUAAGAAGAAUGCUACACCCAGAUCUAACUUGAAGUCUCCUGAUUCUGAGCAUAGAAAGUCUUCUGUCAAAAAGGAAAAAAAGGUUUCCACACGUCCAUCAUCUAAGAAAACAUACUCUUUACGGAGUCAGGCAUCCACAGUUAGUACAAACAUGGCCACUAAGAUAAAAGAAGGAACGCUACAGAAAUUUGGAGACUUCUUACAACAUUCUCCAACAAUUCUUCAAUCCAAAGCAAAGAAGAUAAUUGAAACGAUGAGCUCCUCAAAGCUCUCAAAUGUAGAAGUGAGUAAAGAAAAUCUGUCUCGACCAAAACAGGCCAAACGGAAAUUAUACACAAAUGAGAUUUCAUCUCCUAUUGAUAUAUCUGGCCAAGUGAUUUUGAUGGACCAUAAAGUAAAGGAGAGUGAUCAUCAGAUUCUCAAACGACGACUUCGAACUAAAACAGCUAAAUAAAUCACUGAUUGAGAAUGUUUUAAUAUAAGUUUUAUGUUCAUAAUCAUUGUAACUUGCAUCCUGAAUUUUCAAAGAUAAUUGUAUAUAUUAUGAUGCAUUAAAUCCUAUGUAUACAUCACUAUUUUAUAAACAGUGUAAUUUUAAUUCAAUAAAGACAAUAAGUCAACAGCA